AUGUGCCCGACAAACGACGAGCAGGCCACUUCUGACUCCAAAGGUAUCGUCCAACAGCGUGUCUGCCGCUCCGAAAUCGAACAUCUCCGAAUUCCCGGCACCCACAUCUCUUUCGCUCCCGGCUGCAAACGCCGCAUGUGGCAACAUGUGAUUCGUUUCAAUCUCUCCCCAGCGAGCGCCGGUUUCAAGGAGUGGGACAAGAUCUCCAGCGACCUGUACCUCGUCCGCCCUGAUGGCUCGUCCUGGAACACCGGUUGGGAUUCGGUAGUCCACCGCAAAGUCCAGAACGCAUUGGCUCGAUGUGCCUCCGAAGCCGUGCGUCUUGGUCUUGUUCGAGAGUUAGAUGGCGAUCGAGUGUGGCAGGACUGGACCAAAGGCUUCUUAACUCCCGAGUGGGAUGGCAGUUGCUUCGACGAGAAGUAUGCCCGCUCUUUGCUGGAACAGAAAGCCGACAAGAAAGACAACGAGCGCAGACAGUUACAUCGUUACGAGGCCGAGAUCACCGCCCUAACCGCUCAAGUACAAGGGCUAGGCCAAACGCCUGUCGUACCUCCGCGCCAGAACGAAGGCGAAGAGCUUGGCCGGCGUCAGCCCGCCCCCGCUGCUCAGCACGACCAUGACGUGGACUGGAAUGCAAAUGACGAUGACAACAUCCUGCCUGGUGAUUCUGUGACGAGAAUUAUCGUUAGCAGCGGAGGAAUAUUCCCCCCCCAACCUCGACCGGUCCCGGUUGAAGCCCACGCUUCAGCACUAGUCGCAGCCCCAAGCUUGGCCUCGUUGCCGCUACGAAAUUCCCGGGAUAACAACGCAGCCGUGGUUCAUUCUGUCCACGGCGUGUCCCCUACUCCCAAUAGUCUCGACGUAGCUCAAUUCUGGACUCGAAAGUCUCUCGCGGAGCUUGAGGCUAUGCUUCGCCAGGGAUGGGCUCGACUAUUUGAUUUACGCAUCCUCAUGUUCGAAGCACGCUUCCCGCGGGAAGUGGAUGAAUGGCACGAUCGACAGGCCAACCGUCUUAGCAUUAUCACAAUUAGAAAGGCUCGGGAGAGGCUAUUGGAAGAGAUAUUCUUCAUCGAGGAUAUUAUUGACGGCCGCCGGCAACCUCCCGGCAGUUAUCCCACGCCGUAUCCGGCGUCAGGUAUGCUGUGGAAAUACUUUCUCGGUGGCGAUCUUCCUUCCCAGGUAAUGGAGAACAGAAGCCUCGGCGCACGAAGACACUUUCUUUGA